AUGCAAACGAGGUCGGCAACGAGGGUGAAUGGUCCAUCGGCAACAACCCUGAACCCGCCAGCGAGACAAGGAUUGCCAAGGAUCAAGGCGAUUGAAAAAGUCUCGAUCAAGAUCCCCCUGCAAAAGAGAACAGCAGGGGGAAGGAAGGAAAUGGGAAACAAAAACCCUAAUCCCAAUCCCAAUCCUCAAAAGACCGCUCCAAGAUCGGCACAACCACAACCGCAAACAGCGUGGACCACGGUUGUGUCGAGGAAAACGGCGAAGAGGGAAAGGAAGAAAGAAAGAAAGGAGACGACGCAGCAGCAAUUGCAGCAGCAGCAGCGAAAAGCCCCACCUACUACACCCCAAACAAAGGGGCAACGGACGGGACCCCAGAAGAAGAGGAAAGAACCCAGGACGGCCGCAGUCACCAUAACAUGCCCCCCUGGCGAAUAUGAGGCGACGAUGGCUGAGGCUCAUAAGAAAAUGGAGAGCCUUGAGAGCCUCGGCAUCAAAGGAGGAGUUAAAAUCAGGAGAGCGGUGACUGGUGCUCUAGUGUAUGAGAUUCCCGGAGAGGGUGGUAACGAGCUCGCGGACAAAUUAGCCCUCGGGCUCAAACGUGCCCUCUCCGGGAAAGAGGGGGUGAGGGUACAGCGGCCAACAAAAACGGCAGAACUCAGGCUAAGAGGGCUCGAUGAAGCCGUCACCCUCUCAGAGAUCCGGGAAGCAAUCUCCAAAAGUGGAAACUGCGAGGAGGAAGAGAUCAACGUGGGGGAAGUUAAAAGAGCGCCCAACGGCAUAAAGAUGGUGUGGGCCCGUUGCCCCCUUAGAACAGCAAACACCAUUACCCAAAAGUCCCAUAUUCAGAUAGGGUGGGCAAUGGUCAGAGUGGAGUUGUAG